AUGCCGACAUCCGUGCUGGCAGCGGUGGCGAAGAAGAUCGCUAUUGGUGCGAUGCCGCGCUCCCCUUUCCCCGACACAGGGACCUCCCAUGUGCUCCCUCCGUCCAUCCUUCUUCAUCAGGAACAACUCGCGGGGGAGCCAAAGUUAGCUCUGGGCAAAUUCCAUCUUCCACAUGUUGCAUGUCCAGUUCCCCAUGACCGGGAAAACAAUUCCCCGACUCUCCCGACUCGCCUCCCCCCGACUCGCCUCCCCCCCGACGCCUCCCGACUUCUCGCCCCUGUGCCGCCGCCCCCGACUCCGUGCGCCACCUCCCACGCCGCCGCCUCCUCCUCCGGCGCCCCCUCCGCCAGCCCCCCUCCGCCACCCCCGAAUCUGCGCCGCCCCACCCGCGUGGCGGUCGUCCCCGCCGCGGCGCCAGAGCGGAAGCCACCGGGCGUGGCGGCGUCCACCACCAACUACGUCGUGCUGCUCGACGCCGCGCCGUCCGGGAUCACGCGCCCGCUCGUCGAGAUCCUCCGCGACCUCAACAAGCGCGUUCCGGACACCAUCGUGCGACCCGCCUCACGACGCGCCUCCGCCUCCGAUCCCGUCGUCCCCUGGUAA